CCCGAACAUAAGGCAUUUGAUAAAACUGUUACGAUACCAACUCCAGAGAGUAUGCCCAACGCUAGCGUUCACUCUAGUAGAGGAGUAAAGGAUUGUCACUGAAAAGUGGGUCUCAGAAACGAUACAAAGACCACAUAGAAGUAUCCCUAACCUCAAGCAAACAAAAGGAGUUUACCAUGGUGGAGGCCAACAUUCCUGGCCUUGUCUCUAUAGGCCUGUUCUAUAUCUUGAUUCUCGCCAUUGGCAUUUGGGCAGGACGGAAGACCAAACAGAGGGGGAAUGAUGCGACGGUGGAAAACAUAAUGCUCGCGUCAAGGAACAUCGGUCCAGUUGUCGGGGUCUUCUCCACUGCAGCUACUGUAGUAGGCGGGGCCUUUCUAAAUGGAACAGCGGAAAUGACGUAUUCACGGGGGUUAGUGUGGUGUCAAGCUACGUACGGAUUCGCACUUAGUUUGCUUGUUGUGGCUUUGUUUUUCGCAAAGAAGAUGCGCAGUGAAGGUUACGUUACAAUGCUGGAUCCAAUCCAAAAGAAAUUCGGCCUCGUGAUGGGAGGUUUCAUCACGAUACCCACAAUUCUUGCUGAUGUGUCUUGGAGCGCGGGAAUUCUGGGAGCAUUAGGAGGAACCUUGUCUGUGUUAAUUGGCCUUGACAGUAAAGUUUCAGUUGUAGUGUCAGCUUGUAUUGCUAUAUUGUACACCUUGUUCGGUGGACUAUAUUCUGUUGCGUAUACAGAUGUACUCCAGUUCUUCUGUGUUUUGAUUGGUUUGUACAUGGCCGUGCCAUUCGCUGCCCAUCAUGAAGCUGUACAAGAGAUAGGGACGACAGCCACAGAUUGGAUUGGGAAAGUAGAGCCAUAUGAAGCUGGGGCUUGGCUGGAUGUCUUCCUUCUUACCAUGCUUGGUGGAGUACCUUGGCAAGUGCUGUUCCAAAGGGUGUUAUCUGCAAGGACUGCCAAAACCGCCCAGUUCUUUAUGAUCGUGGCUUCAUUAUGUGCCUUCGUUCUUGCUACCCCAGCUGUACUAAUAGGGGCUGUGGCAUAUUCCGCGAACUGGACGGACACGAAGUACUUCAGAGAAGGGCGUCCCGUUCCUAUACCAGCUGAUGAUCAAAAGAACGUUCUUCCCCUUGUUUUACAGUAUCUCUGUCCUACUUGGGUCUCCUUCAUAGGACUCGGGGCAGUUAGCGCAGCAGUGAUGUCGUCGGCCGACUCCUCGGUUCUUUCCGCCAGCACAAUGUUCACUCGGAAUAUUUACAAAACGGUUAUUCGAAGAACAGCCUCAGAAAGGGAACAAAUUUGGGCCCUGCGUUGCAGCAUCCUAGUAUGUGGGAUCUUCGCAACAAUCAUUGGAAUCUUCGUUCCAACAGUCUAUGGAUUGUUCGUCGUAUCUGCCGAUUUAGUGUUCGUCAUCGUCCUACCGCAGUUGAUAUGCGCUGUUUACGUUGGAUUUGCGAACACCUACGGUUCGGCUGCAUCGUAUAUUGUCGGGGCGACUCUAAGGAUCCUCGGCGGAGAAUCCAUCAUCAACCUACCGGUGAUAUUGAAAUAUCCCUGGUAUGAUGAAGAAAAGCAACUACAAUUAUUCCCAUUCCGUACGUUUGCAUCCGCAGUGACUCUUAUAACUUUAAUCUCUGUAUCAUACCUCACAAAUGCAAUAUUCACGAGGUGGCACGUCAAUAAGAAAUAUGACAUUUUUCGCUGUUUCUCGAAACCCCCUACAACGGAAGAAAAAACCAAGGCUGUUGGUCUUGAAUUCAGUCCUCUUGACACUAAAGACAAUAUGAAUCACGUUGAGGGCAAUGGCAUCGCUAAGUCAGGCAGCGAGCAUAGCAAUGCCGCAAUGACUGACGACGACAAUGGCGUAAUUGAUGCCAACAGGUUAUAAAGAGGGCGCUGGUGGUUUAAAUAUUGUAUCAAUGUAAUCAAGCAACAUGAUCAGGGAUUUCUAAAAUCAUUUUUAGAAACAAUUGAUUGUUAUCAGAUAAUCAUGUCAUAUUGUAGGAGCUUAUCAAUUGCGUAUUAGUUGAAUGUUUCAAGAAAUAUACCUUAUGCAAUGAUAUUUUAAAUGCAAUCAUGGAAUUGGACACGCAUUGGAAUUUAUUACGUGAGGUGGACGAACGAGUAAUGGACUAAUCGCAAAUUAAAAUACAGGUGUAUUAUAUAUAAUAUAGUCUAUAAAAGUGUGUAGUUAGUAAAAUGAAAUAUACACGAUAUCUUUAUGUAAAUAAAACGGUAGAUAAUCGUGUACUAUAGUUAUAGGGUAGCUAGUUUUGGAAUAUACAAUGUAUGUCGACUCACCGAGCGGAAAUAUAAUUGAAUUUCGUAAAUCGCAUAAAU